AUGAAUUUAUUGUUUGAUAUUUACAGUAGUAAUAAUAAUAAUAAUAAUAGUUCUAUCAUUUCUACCAUCAACCACUUUAUCUCUUCAUUAUCAUCAUCUUUAUCAGUAUCUAUAUCAACAUCAUCCUCAUCGACAUCAUUUGAGAAUCAACCAAUAGUACCACUAGUUACAUUGUUACUUGGUACAUUUCUAUUUAUAGUUUGUAUUUUUAUUAUACUCUUUAAAAUGAGUGAUACUCCUGUAUCAGAGGUUGCUACACAACAACUACAACAACAACAACUACAACAACAGAAACAACAAUAUAGUAAUGGCGAUAAUAAUAUAAAUCAUAUGAAUACAGUUGAUUUAGCAAGCCAACACCAACUAGAUGAUGCUAGGACGACCAAUACUUUACCCAAGAAUCCAACAACUUCACAUCUCCAUAUGGAAUCAGGAGGUAUAUUCACAAUGAAAGAUAUUAUAGGGAGCGACGACGAUAUCGAAGCAAUCAUCAAUUCAAUCGAUCCAAAUGACCAAAGAAAACUGACGUUGGCAAAAGAAUACUUUUCGAGAAAAGCAUCAGAUUUAGAUAUACCAACAUUAUUCCUUAGAUUGGUUGUAUCAAAAACUAGAACACAAAUAGAUGAUUUAAAGAAACUAUUGUAUUUAAUGUCUUCGAGUGGACCGGGCUUUAUUUUAACUGGUACAUUUUCUAGUUUUACAAGUCUGUCAUUUGAAAAGAGACAAAAGAUAUUGGCAAUGAUGAAGACGUCUGUCAAUCCAUUGAGGAGACAGGCAUACCGUGCGGUUGCGCCAUUGACAUGUUCUCUCUUUUUAAUGUCUCUCAACUCGAAUGGCGUUAAUCCAAACUGGGAGUUGUUGGAUUAUCCACUUCCUCCACCACCCGAGCAGAUCCCGACAAAGGAGAGAUUGUCAUUUAUUAAUAUAAGCAGCGAGCAGUCGCUAAAGACCGAUGUGGUGGUGAUUGGCAGCGGUGCUGGAGGUGGUGUGACAGCGGCUAUCUUGGCCGAGGCUGGAUACAAUGUGAUUAUCCUUGAAAAGGGGUCGUAUCUGUCACCCAAUGCUAUGACUUGGAAAGAGGCAGAGGCAUAUCCGCUGCUGUACGAACAAGCUGCAUCGCUCGUGUCAGAGGACAUUAGUGUCAAUGUGUUGGCUGGCAGCUGCGUGGGAGGUGGGACGACGGUCAACUGGGCGGCUUCCAUUAAGACGCCCGAACACGUACUCGACGAUUGGCGUAAAGACUGUCCCAACACAUUUGAAAAGAUAAGUUUCAACGAUGCAUUGGACAAGGUGUCUGCGCGAUUAAACGUCAACAAGAAUGAAAGUGUACACAACAAACCAAACGAUAUUCUUCAACGCGCACUUGACGAGCUAAACUAUGACAGCGACGUCAUUGCUCGUAACGUAAAGGGAUGUGAUACGAGUCAGUGUGGGUACUGCUCGAUGGGAUGCAGAUCACGUUCCAAGCAGAGUUCAAUGAUUACCUAUCUCGAAGACGCGUGUCUCAAUGGCGCCAAGAUUAUCGUCCAUUGCGAAGCGAUGGAGAUUACAAGCACCGUCCCCAAGGGUGGACAAGUGCCAACCUCACCCACAGCACACGGUGUCGUCGCCAUUGUCACACACCCCGAUGGCGAACGUCACAGAGUGUUUAUUAAAUGCGAUAUUAUCGUCAGCUCGGCCGGCGCCAUUCACACACCCGCUCUCCUAUUGCGAUCAGGUCUUUCCAAUCCAAAUAUCGGAAAGACACUCUAUCUUCACCCAGUCCUUCCAGCGGUCGGUAUUUUUGAAAAGGAAGCCGUCGAAAUUUGGAAGGGUGUUCCCAUGUCGGUCAUCUCGCGAGAGUUCCAAGGCAAAUACGGUACCAUCCUCGAAACACCCAACGCCCAUCUUGGUGUCGUGUCUAUGAUUGUCAGCUAUCUCUGGGACUCGUCUUCUAUGCUCAAAGAGCAUCUCUACAACGUCAAGACUUGGUCUUGUAUCAUUCCCAUCCUACGUGACAAGAACCCAGGCAAAAUCAAACUGGACAAGGAUCACCGAUCACCAAAGAUUGUCUAUAAUCUUUCCGACGAAGAUUAUAAAAACCUCCUUCCAGGUGUUGAAGGAGCCAUCCGAGCAUUGGUAGCUGCCGGUGCCAAGAAAUUUAGUGUUCCCAUUGCAGGUACAACUAUUGUAGAUAGUGAAAAUCUUGAAUCAUAUAUUAAAAAUUUGAAAUCAACAAAAUAUAAGCCAAAUAAACAAGCAGUAUUAAGUGCACAUCAAAUGGGAAGUUGUAGAAUGGGAUCAAAUAAAAAUAAUUCAGUGGUCAAUGAAAAUGGAGAAUCAUGGGAUAUGAAGAAAUUGUUUAUUGCUGAUGGAUCAGUACUUCCAUCUGCAGUUGGUGUCAAUCCAAUGAUUACCAUUUAUGCUGUAUCUUAUCAAAUUGCACAAUCUAUUCUUAAAUUAUAUCCACCACCAUCAAAAGAUAAUAUUGCUAAAAUUAAUAAUACUACGAAUAAUAAUAUGAAUAUGAAUAUUAAUACAACAGAUAUUGCAACAACCAGUACUACUACAACAAGUACAAGUACAACUACAACCACUAAUUCAUCACCUUUAAAUAAUAAGCCAGGUCGUAAAAAUAGUGGAGAUGUAGCAGGAGGUGGAUCGAUUGAAAUAACAUAUGAAAUAAGUGAAAACGAUAUUAGUAAUAAUAACGUUGUAGACCUACCAAUUUCAAGAACUCAAGAAUAA